AUGGUAGUCUCUGAACAGAUGGAUUGUGCCUUUUUGAAAAUUAAAAUUAGUUCUGCUCAAAUAAAAACUGGAUGCAGAUUCGAAUGUGAAAGAGAUUAUUUUAAUUAAGAUUAGAUAACAUUUGUUCCAAAUAAAUAAUUAACUUUAGAUAUAAAUUAAUCUUAUGACGAAGUAGAAACAGACACUAUUGCCGAUUCAAAAGAUUAACUUUGCGUAAUUUCUGAUUACUUUAUUGUUGGACGCUAUCUAUGUAACUAUUUGGUUGUAUUUUAAGUGUCUCCAAUUUUGUCAAGAUUUUUAUGA